GUUAAAGUGAAAUAUUUAAAAACAAAGAAAUAUCUUCAUAUUCAUGAUGUGUUGGAUAAUUUAACUUUUAUAAAAAAUAAGAAAAGAUGGGGUAUUUUGUUUAGAAGGAGCUUAUUUGAAAUCAAUAAACAAGAUUUCAUGUUGAUUUUAAAAAAUAUGGUUGACGAAGAAAUAUAUAAACAGUUUGAAUAAUAAUAGAGGCACAGUUUUCAAUGUAUGUCGUAUGUCAUCAUUACUUAAUAAUGUUGAUUGUUACAAUAAACAAUAACAGAUUGACAAUUUUGUUUGGCAAUUUUAAAAAAAUUUUCUCUCCUUAUUUUUUAGACCGAAAAUGUUAUUUUCUUUGCAAGAUGUAUUUCUAUAUAUUGAAUUAUUUAUUCUUGCCUAUACUAUCAAAUUUUUCUAUGAUGUUAUUUAUCUAGCAUAUUUUAGCCCACUCAGAAUGAUACCCGGGCCUAAACAUUUUGCUCUUACGAAAUAUUUUGUUUCAAAGAAACAUACUAAUGGAAUGAGGUGGAAAUGGCUACAAUAUGAAUUAUUUCCAGAAUACGGGCCGGUUGUUCGAAUUGCGCCACAGGCAGUAAUCAUAGCAGAUCCUGAUAUGAUUAAAGAGAUUUUGGUCAUUAAAGAUUUGCCAAAAAAUCAAAAAUAUGACCAACUAAGAACCAAUCUAAGCAUUCCGACAUUGUUAACAACAAGAGACAAAACAUUUCAUAAAAAGCGUCGUCAAAUUGUAGCACCUGCUUUCUCAUUCAAAUAUUUGAAUUCUAUUGAGCCAUUAAUUCAUAACUGCGUAAAACCAUUAUUAAUAAAGUUUGAUGAAAUGGUUGAUCAGAAUCAAAAUAUUGUAAAUAUUUAUGAAAUGAUUCAUUAUUGCGUAUUGGAUAUAACUGGAGAAACGAUUUUUGGUGGUUCAUUUAGAUUUAUUGAAACUGGAAAUCAUCCAUUACCACAUAAAAUAUUUCAAGAAUUGCGUAGGAUGAUAAAAUUAGGAAUGUUUCCAUUUUUGAAGCCAUUUAUCAAACAGGAUCCUUAUAUAUUAAACUUCAUGACUUCAUUAAUAAAAAAUCGUCGUCAAGAGGAUCCGGAGAGAAAAGAUUUAUUAGGAAUGUUGUUAAAUGCAUCCGAAAGAAGUAUGUCGGAUAUUGAACUUCAUUAUCAAGCAAUUGAAUUUUUAAUUGCAGGAUCAGAUACGUCAAGUUUUAGUUCAGCAAUGACGAUGAUUAAAUUGAUUCAAAAUCCGGAUAAAUUGGAUACUCUUUUCAAAGAAAUUGAUGAAUCAUUCCCUGAAUUUAAUAUUGAUAAAUUACCAUCACAUGAUAAAUUAAAGCAGCUACCUUAUUUAAAUGCAGUAAUUAACGAAACCUUAAGAUUACAUCCUAUCAAUUAUGAUAUAGGACCAGGAAGAAUAACUAUUGAGGAUACAAUUAUUGGGGAUUAUUUUUUUCCGAAAGGAACUACUUUGGCUGUUAAUGCGUAUAGAUUACAUCAUUCUUCAAAAUAUUGGGGAGAUGACGUUGAAGAAUUUGUUCCCGAAAGAUGGUUAAAUCCGGAAAGAAUACCAAAAGAUUGUUUUUUGCCAUUUUCAGCUGGAACACGUAAUUGUAUUGGUCAAAAUUUUGCUAUGAUGGUGAUUCGUAUUAUUGUUGCUACAUUAAUCCAAAAAUAUAAAUUUGAAGAUAUUCUUAAUCAAGAUAUGGAUAUUGUUCAUUAUUUAACUCCUAGUUUAAAGACUAAACAAUAUAAUGUUAAAAUUUACUCAAGAAAUUAAAAUUAUGUCUCUUAAUACAUUAUUAUA